AUAAAAUAAAUAUGAACAGAAUCAAAGGCAACGUGAAUCUUGAGAAGACAGUCGCCUUCACUAAAUCCAGCUUUGCCUAUAAGGAUCCCUUCAAACCAUCAGGAGGUCUCUUUUAUAAGAUGAGGAACAAAGUGCAUACUUUCUUCUCAUCGAGGAAUAUCGAGAAUGAGUUUAUUGACUACAAGGUCUCAGAGUUUUUAUAUGAGCAAGUCCCUGAGCUUUACGAAGAAGCCUCUGAUAGCUUCAAAAGAAAGGAAAAAGUGACUUUGGAAAGAGUUUGCACUGAGCCAAUGUAUAAGCAUCUCCUUACGCUUGAAAAGGACGAUAACCCUUUCCUCACUGACGGAAUCUGGAAAUCAAAGAUGGCACAAGCAAGAAUCUAUGUUGGAGGAGACAGUUACAUAGCUGAAGAGCAAUGGGCUCAGAUUACCAUUAGUCUGAACAGAAAUGAGCAAUAUGCUAUUUUUGAGAGAAGACUGAGCGACCGUAACACUUUUAGGGACUGGAAGUUGUUCCUCUUGAUGUCUCGUGAGGACUUUGAGUUCCUACAUAAGCCUUACAACAAGUUCGAAUCUACUACAGGAAGUGCUGAAAAUGAAAUUGACUUUACAGAUAACAAGAAUUACGAAGAGCAUGUUAGAGCUAAGAGGAGAGUCAGGAAGGAACUAUAUGUGUAAAUUAGUGUGAUUCAAUCAUACUUAGGAAAA